AUGACCAUAACUCCACAUAGACAGUUUCUUCUAGUCUCAACAGACCGUUAUGUUCCUGAACGUAUUAUAUGUGUUUUACCUGCUGGAUUUUGUUUUGAUGGUCGUUCGGCAGUCAUACGUUCUCAACAAACAUAUCUAACAAGUGCAUUAUGUAAUGCUCGAAUGGAUACAGCUAAUACAACGAUAUGUGUAUUUAAUACAGGUGCUAUUUGUGUUGAGGGUAUGAUAACUCAAUAUGAUGUAUUACGUUGUUUACCAUUUUCAGCUAAUAUUACAUCAUUACGUGUUCAUGGUUCAAUAUUUGUUAAAGUUUUAAAGAAUGUUUAUAUCCUAUGCUGA